AUGAAUCUUUUGCGAACUUUAAAGGACUUUGUGCCUUACCGUGUCAAUUACAGUGUUGAACAGUUUCCCGAUUUGACUGGCAAGGUAUAUAUCGUUACAGGUGCUUCAGGUGGACUUGGUCUUCAGGUUGGAAAAAAGCUUCUUCAAAAGAACGCCAAAGUCUACUUUGUUGCUAAGACAGAACCUAAAUUGGUUGCUGCAAUUGAGAAGCUCAAGGAAGAGUUUCCUGAUAAAACCGAGAAUAUUCACUAUCUGCUCUGUGAUUAUGGCGAUCUUUCUACUAUUAAACCUGCCACUGACAAGUUCUUGGCGGAAAACGACCGAUUGGAUGGAAUCGUUCACAAUGCUGGUAUGAAUUUUGCGGGUCCAGAUUCAAAAACUGCACAGGGCCAUGAAUUGACUGUUGGUGUAAAUGGUAUUGCGCCUCACUUGUUUCAAAAGUAUGUCGACGAGAUUCUUGAAAAGACUGCACAGACUGCUCCGGCCAAUUCUGUGCGUAUUGUGUGGGUUUCCAGUUCUGCUCAUAGAUUAAGUCCAGUCGGAAAUGGUGGUCUUCAAUUGGAUGAUAUGAACAAUGUUGCUGAUGGUCUUUUGAAAUUGGGUAGAUAUUCUCAUAGUAAGACUGUCAAUUACUACCAAGGGGUUCUUUGGCCAAUUUUCCAUAAGGGAUCGAAGGUUAUCAGUGUUUCUGUGCAUCCAGGUUUGGUCGGUACCGAUAUCGGUAGAAAUGUGGGCAUGGAUAGUAACAGCAUCCUCCACACUAUCAGUUAUACCCCUGAGAAGGCAUCUUAUGCCGAGCUCUAUCCGUUACUCCACCCUUCUAUUACUACUUCUGACAAUGGUAACUUCUAUGUUCCAUUUGGUCAAGCUGAGCACCCUAGACAAGAUGUUUUCGAUGGUGCCCAUGGUGAGUUUGGUCUCAAAGUCUGGGCUUGGUUAGAAGAACAAGUAAAGGAUUUUGUUUAG